AAUGCACAGAUAAUUAAUAUUUUCCAGAAUGAUGAAAAAGAAGUUUCUUUGAAUGAAAAUAAAGUGCCAGUUAUGCCUACUGUUAUGAUUACUCAACCAGAAGACGAUAGUCCAGAACACUACAAAAAAUCCAUAUUUCAUAACCUUAUAAAACGUGCAAGGAGACUUUCGGAUGCUUCAUUAUCAGAUAGAGAAAUAGAUUGUCCAUCUAAUGAUGAUUCCACUCAAAAGACCUUACCCGAAUUUAGGAAAAGAUCUAGUUCCACGGGUAGCAAACCCGAGAAGAAACAUGGUAAAAAGUAUGCAAGUAGUGACAACGAAGGUGGUCAUAAAUUUUUUGGUUCAUUAUUGUCAAGAGCGAGAAAAUUAUCUGCGUCUUCUAGUAAUAUUGGAAAUAAUAAUUGCAAAUCAGUGUCGUUAAAAGAAUUAAAUAAAGAAACCUUUCUUGAUUUGAAAUCUAAGAAUGAAACUGGGGAAAGUGUUACCGACAAAAGUAAAGUCCAAGAAUCUACUACAUACAAAAAUGCCAAAGUUAUUCAACCUUCCUUAAUAACUGAAGGAUAUCUGGAGGAGCUCGAAAGUAUUGGAGCCAGAUGCAUUUCCGAUCUCUUGUCAGAGGUGAAAUACGCAUUUAAAACUUCUAAAUCAUAUAUUCCUCAAGAUGAGUCAAAGAAUAUCUCAGGCCAAUGGAUGUGCCAUGGAAGUCAUAAAGAUCUGAUGAUGAUGAUAAAAGUACAGGAUACGCCCGUAAAAAUUAUCAGUUAUUUGUGCUAUGGAACGCUCCAAGUUAAGCCAGCAACCGUUUGGAAGACAUUAUGUAAUCCAUUAAGUCGAUUUAUUUAUGAUGAAACUGUAAAAAAAAUAAAUGUUGUCCAAAAUUUAUCAAGUAUGCAAAAAAUCAUACAUACUCUUCAUGAAGUUGUCACCUUAAUGAAGAAAGAAUCUCAAGAAUUUUGUUUAUUACAAACAGUUUUAGAGAAAAAUUCCAAAUUUAUUUUGUCAUAUCAAUCAAUUGAAAGCAAAAUAUGUCCUUUACAAAGUGAUUCUCUUAGAGGAAAAGUAUGUCCCAGUGGAUGGAUUGUUGAAUUUCCUAAGAAAAAUAAAAAUAAAUGCAACAUUACAUUUUUAGAACAGUUAGCUGUUUCUGAUUCAGAAAGUCUUCUAAUUGAAGAAAUGGGAAACAAUCAAGCACAAUACAUCAUCAGUCUGAAGAAAUAUUUAACUGCAAAAUUAAUCUAAAGUAUCUAAUGAACUUUUAUAGACAUUAGUUGUAAAAAUUUACAAAAAAUGUUGUAUAUUGUAGAAUUGAAAUUUUCUGUAUAUAUUUAUCUAUUCAAAGUGUAUCUAAAUACUAU